AUGGGCGAGCGGGUGGAGGCGGCGGAGCGGGAGGUCCAUGAGAGACCACAUCGCCCGUUGCUACCGGCUGAUCAGCCUGCCUCGUCAGGAGAUGCCUUUUCAUUCAAGGCGAGGCAGAAGAGGAACCCAGGCGACGCCGCCGCAGAACCGGGGGCGCUGGGCAAGAAGGAAAAGACUGCGGCGAAGAUUACCACGCCGCCUCGCCUGGACGGGAUUCAAAUAUCGGAGAAUGCGUCCGACAUCCCCGUUGGACGUGUUCUGUGGAAGGUGUGGACCUACCUCUGGCCACAUGGCGAGGUAAAGAUGAAGGUGCUCGUGGCCAGCAGUGUGGCGUGUGUGCUGGUGACCAAGGUGCUGAGGGUGGCGGUUCCUUUCUGGUUCAAGACGAUCGUGGACUUGCUGGCCCCCGCCACGGCAACAGCGGAGGCAGUGACGGUUGCCGGCCCGUUCACCGUGGGCGUGUUCGGGUGUGUUGUGGCGUACGGCAUCUGCCGCGCCACGACCUUUAUCUCCGAGGAACUCAAGACGGUACUAUUCGCCCCAGUCGGCGGGCACGCCUCUACGAAGCUGUCGAUGGAGAUGUUUGACAAGCUGCACCGGCUCGACCUCGACUACCACCUCAACCGUGAGACCGGCGUCCUGAGCAGAGACCUCGACCGCGGCAGCCGUGCGUUCUGGUCACUGGCGUACGUGCUGCUCUUCAUGAUUACACCGACGAUCUUCGAGAUGGGACUUGUGUGCUAUGCCCUCAACACACAGGCUGGCCCGCAGUUCAUCGGUAUUGCACUCAUCGCAGUUGUCUCCUACGUGGCGUGGACCUUUUCGGUGACAAACUGGCGCUCGAAGUUCCGCACGCGCUACAAUGCCUUUGAGAGUCGUGUUGGCGGACUCAUCGUGGACUCGCUGCUCAACUACGAGACGAUCAAGUACUUCGGCUCAGAGCAGUACGAGUCCGAGCGCAUUCGCAACGAAACGCAGAACAUGAAUAGGCAGCUCGUGAUUCUUGAUCAGACGAUGGCGCUGCUGAACUUUGGGCAGCAGUUCAUCUUUGUGAUGGCCAGUGUGCUGAGUCUGUACCUCGCCACGUGUGGUGUGCUGACCGGGGCGCUGACGGUUGGCGACUUGGUAUUGGUGGACGCGCUGCUGCUGCAGCUCUACAUGCCGCUGAGCUACCUCGGCAUGAUUUACCGCGAGGCGCAGUCCAGCACGCAGAACAUGCAGGCGAUGAUAGCCCUGCUAGACCAGAAAUCGAACGUGAGUGACAAGGUGGAUGCAGAGGAGUACACGUACCUUGGGGGCACCAUUGAGCUGCGGGAUACUACCUUCGAGUACAAGAAGGAGCUCAGCCGUCUCGUCCUACGCAACCUCAGUCUCACGAUUCCAGGAGGUAAGACGGUGGCCUUUGUCGGUCCUUCGGGGAGUGGCAAGAGCACCAUCUUCCGCCUCCUCUUCCGCUUCUACGACCCCACUUCUGGGCAGGUGCUGCUGGACGGGCAACCCCUCGACAGGCUGCGCAUGGAGAGCGUGCGCAAAUACAUUGGUGUCAUCCCACAGGAUACGGUACUAUUCAACGAGUCCGUUCGUUACAACAUUCGCUACGGCCGAAUGGAUGCGACCGAUGCCGAGGUGGAGGCGGCAGCAAAGGCUGCAAGCCUGCACGAUACCGUAGUGCGCAUGAGUGAGGGCUACGAAACAUCCGUCGGUGAGCGCGGCGUCAAGCUGAGCGGUGGCGAGAAGCAGCGGAUCUCGAUAGCACGCGUGCUGCUGAGUGACCCUCCUAUCCUACUUGCCGACGAGGCUACCUCUGCACUCGACAGCAUGACCGAGCUGAACGUCAUGGAGACGCUCAAGAACGCUACUGAGCGAACGCGGCAGCGCACCAUCAUCCUCGUUGCACACCGCCUCACCACCGUGAAGGAGGCCGACAUCAUCUUUGUGCUCGACGGCAAAGGUGGUCUGGCAGAGCAAGGCACCCAUGCGGAGCUGCUGCGCAAGGGUGGCUUGUACGCUGCUAUGUGGUGCCAGCAGCUGAGCGAACGGCAUCCGGCUGCCUCCGGUACUGCACCCAAAGGUGCCCCCGUGAGGGAUGCAGGGUCCACUGCCACACACAGCUGA